UUCCGAACAUUCAUCUUUAACUAAAGUGUCGUAAAUGAGUGAAUGAGUAAAGACAACGUGGCUGUGAUUGUGAGACUAGUAGAUGAUCGGAGCUGCUGCUGAUUACUUUGGUGUUUGUUGGAGCUGAAGAUCUUCUGCAGCUGCAGGAACCAUGUCUUCAUUUGAUCAGAAAGAGUCUGUCAGAGAACAACUUUCUGCUGCUGAAGGAACCUUCAGACUCUGUGAAGGAACCAUCGUCCAGAAUGAGAAUGAGGAGCUCUGUGGUCAGCGCAGACUGCUGGAUAUCACCUGGAACCCGCAGCUUCAGCUCCACCAGAUAGUCCUUCCCCAGCAUUACGUGAGUGAAGAGGACAAUCUUUACAACCAGCAGUGGAAUUUAAGAGUGGAACAAGAGGAGCCAGAACCUCUACAGAUUAAAGAGGAACCAAAAGAACCAGAAACUUUACAGAUUAAAGAGGAACAGGAGGAACCAGAACCUCCACAGAUUAAAGAAGAUCAGGAGUUACACGGACCUACACAGAUUAAAGAGGAUCAAGAGGAAUGCGAACCCACACAGAUUAAAAAAGAGCAAGAGGAGCCAGAGUUUACACAGACUGAGGAGAAACAAGAGGAACCGAGACCUCUGUCGAUCAAAGAUGAGCAGAAGGAACAAGAACCAACACAGAUCAAGGAAGAACAGCAGGAAGAACAACAUUUCAGAAAUCCCAUGAGAACUCACGUAAGAGGGAAGCCUUUUUCUUGUAAACAAUGUGAUAAAAGUUUUAAUCGUGCAUUUAAUCUCAUAAGACACAUGAAAACUCAUACAGGAGAGAAGCCUUUUUCAUGUAAAACAUGUUACAGAAGUUUUAGUCGAAUAUAUAUUCUCAAAACACACAUGGCAGUUCAUACAGGAGAGAAGCCUUUUACAUGUAAAGAAUGUGACAGAAGUUAUAGUCAAUUAUCUCAUCUCAAAAUACACAUGAGAACUCAUACAGGAGAGAUGCCUUUUUCUUGUAAAGAAUGUGACAAAAGUUAUUAUUGUGUAUCUCAUCUCAAAAGACACACGAGAAUUCACACAGGAGAGAAGCCUUUUACAUGUAAAGAAUGUGCUAAAAGUUUUCGUCAUGAACCUACUCUCAAAAGACACAUGAGAACUCACACAGGAGAGAAGCCUUUUUCUUGUAAAGAAUGUGUCAAAAGUUUUCAUCAUGAAUCUACUCUCAAAAGACACAUGAUAACUCAUACAGGAGUGAAGCCUUUUUCAUGUAAAGAAUGUGACAAAAGUUUUAAUCAGGUAUGUCAUCUCGAAAGACACAGGAGAACUCACACAGGUGAGAAGCCUUUUUCUUGUAAAGAAUGUGACAAAAGUUUUAGUUGUGUUUCUAAUCUGAUAAAACACAGGAGAAUUCACACAGGAGAAAAACCUUUUUCUUGUAAAGAAUGUGAGAAAAGUUUUAGACGUGGACAUCAUCUCAAAAGUCAUGAGAAGUCACACAGGAGAUAAGCCUUUUUUGUGUAAAGCAGAUGUGUCAAACUCAAUCGCAAAGGAGGCCAAAAUCCAAAACAUACCUUAAGUCACAGUCUGAACAGAACAAACAUUUAUUGAA